AUGAAUGCACUCUUCAACAUCUAACCUUAAAAAAGCGAGUAUCAGAAACAAGUUACUAUCUAGAAUCCAGAUGACCCUAAUCAGAUACUCAGUUCAUAGUCAGUCAGAAAAAGCUAUCAUAAAUCAAUUGGAACAACGGUCUUUAGUCCUCAAAGUUUUAUGUCUGGAGCAAAUCGUUCUUAAGGUUAAUAUUUCUCAAAUCUCAAGAAAGAGCUUAAAGAUUAGAUUGGGGAAAAUGAUGACGAAUUUAUAAACAUAGAAUAGAACAUUGAUAGACUCUUAGAUGUGCACCAAUAGAUGAGCGCUCUACUAUCUGAUUAUGAUAAAAAACUGCUUAAAGUGUUGGAAAGGCAUGAACAUGAUUUCUUGGCUGCUUAUAAGACUCACAUGACGAAAGUUGAAAAAGAGCUUUCAUACUUGAAAGGUAAGGCCAAAGAUUAAGAAAAAAGACUGGCUUAAGACGAAAGGAUACUGAGACUAGAGAAAUAAUUGUAAUGGUUUUAAGAUGAACUAUCUAGACUGCAAAAGAAAUCAGAGGGCAACGUGAAUGAAAUUGAUAUGCUCACGAACAAAAUGUCUUCUAUGAAAGAGGAAAAGGCAUUCAUGGAGGAUUAAGUUAAGGCCUCCAAAAGACAAAAUAAACUACUAAUCGUUGCCCUUAACAAAACUUAAAUACAAAGAGAUGAUUUAUAGGAUGAGAAUUCUGAUUUACAAGUUCAAAUGGUUGAAACAAAAAAGGCAGCUGUUGAAAUUCCUUCUCUUGAGCAAUCUCCCUUCGACAUAACUGGCUUAAAUAGUCAACUGCAAGUUGCUUAAUAGUUCUCUUAAAUAUAGCCUAAUGAUUAAGAACAGAGUCGACUAUUCGGAGAUCCAAAAUAAGUAUUUUCAGGCAAAGCAGAUCUUGAGAAAAGUUUCAUGGCCUCUACUGAGUAUCCUAGUGAGAUGAAUACAAGCAGGUUCAAGCCUCUUGAAUCCUAAUUUCAAAAUAACACCAGUGCGAUCAACAAUAAGUUGAACAGCGCAUUUUAGAGUGUUGAUAUGAUGAAUAAGGAUCUUUAGAAUUAAAUGGCUAUGAGUUCAAUAAAUGCUAGUCCUGAUGAAUUUACUCCAGAAAAUGUUUUACAGUAGUUCGUUAUUGAUUUGAUUAACUCUGGAAGAAGCGAUCCUGAAAUAGUUGAAAGUAUAGAGUAAUAUUACAAUAAACUAUCUUCAAAUUCUGAUGAUGAAAUCCUCAGAUUAAGAGAAGAAUUAGAAAUUUAAAAGGCAUUGACUAGACAGCUUUAAGCAGAUGAAGUUGUUAUACCUGCUGUAGAUUAAGAUGAUUUGAGUAACUACUUUUUGGAAUGUGUUUAUGAGCAGAGAAAAUCAUUGAGGCAUCAAUUAGUGACUAUGAGAAAUAGCUUCAAGAAUCCAAAUGCAGCAAACAAUACUACAGUUAACACCACUGUUAAUUUAAAUGCUAGUAAACUUACAUAGAACAGUGGAAAUGGAAAGACUGUCUCAAAUGUGUUUAAUAACAGCCUGCUCAACACCUACAUCAAUACAGUAAAAACUGGAUCAUAGGAAGAGAUAGAGCAAUUUUCCUAAAUAGAGAAACAAAAGCUAGUUCAACUCUUGGUGACGAAUUCUGAGCUUCUAAAUUUUAUGUUUGACAAAAUGUUUAAGAACAAAAAGAGUCAAAAGAAUCAAAAUCAGUCCAACUCAUAAGCAAUGCUAAAUAUUAACUAGAAUAUGGAUUUGGUAAAUUUUGAGGAUAAUAGCAAUAAUAAUCUCAACUUUAACACAAAUAACUAGGUCACUUCAUAUGAUCUUGAUAAUUACAAUAUGAAUUUCUAGACAUAAACAAGAGCCACAUUUUCUCCAUAGGUAUAUUAUCAACCUCCAUCGUAGAAAAGCAAAACAGUUAAGGCCUCUCAUCAGUAAAUAUUUGGAAAGUAAAAUUCAUCAGAUCCACUACUUGCCUUUAAUAAACAGGCUAAUCCUUAUGAAAGAUAAGGCUACUAAGCACCUCUUAAAGAUCGAAAGCAAAGAUCAAUGCUUGCUUCCAUGCAAAAUUAAACAACAGAUAAUGUGAAAAAUUUUGAUCACUCUAACACAAUGAAUCUUUAAAAUAACAAACUUCCAGGAAUCCCUGCAUACAACCCAAAUAGCAGUGAUUAAUAAGUAAACGACGCUUACUUUUCCGCUUCACCUUUAUUAGUUAAAGAUCAUAAUAAUUAAACUGUAAAAGUAGGUCUACAGUAAUCUAAUAUUCUACUCUCAAGGAUAAAAGAGUCAAAUUUUAACUCAAACAUUCUAUCUCAGUUAGAUACUGACAUGCUUUAGUAAUAAUAUUUGAGUUAAGACAUGUCUUAAUAAAACUCUUAGAACUAGAAGUUUUAGGACAAGGAAGUGAUUUAUUCCAGACGUAGUAAGCUAGCUGAAUUGGCUGAGAAAAAUAUAUUUCCGGAUAUGCAAGGAAGGAUGGGGCCCUAUGAUGAUACAUACAAUAACUCUGCCAAUCUACUGCAGAAUAAAAGCUUGAUGAUGAAAAGUAAAAUGAUGGACAGGAGAGGAAAGAGUACCAGACCAAUGAUGCAGGUGAAGAAUGGAAAAUUGCUUAUUGUUAAAGCAGGAAUAUUGCCUCAGAACUGA